AGUUUUCAUACACGGUUGUUCUGUUUCAUUUCCAUUUGGAAAGAGGAACGAAGCUCACAGCGAUGUCACCGUCAACAAUUCAUUGUUUAAUGAAGGAGUUCCGCGUGACUGUUUCGGAUCUCAGUUGUUGCUGCGCAGGGGAAGAAGGCCAUGGCGUGAGGAGAGUACUUGAGGACGCGAAUCCAAGUUAUGUCGAGGAACUACGAUAAUUGGGAGCGUCUGGUGGCGGCUGUGUUGAAGAGAGAGCAGCUAUGGCAGCUCUUCCAUUCCAAAUCUCUAAGCCCUAGCCUAAGUUCCGAAUCCUCUGGCUACAGUUUUAGCUUCGGUUUGAAUUCCUCGAUCGAAGAUGCGCCGUAUUCCAGUCCAGAGUGGUCAACCGCGAAUCGCAAACGAAACGACGAUGAAAUCGCGAGAAACGUUGUUGUUGAUGAUGAUGAUAACCGUCAGUCGCUUGUUGAAAACGUCUUGCCUGAUAAAAAUGUGUCUUCUAAACCGUUUUGGAAACGAGCAUUGAAGAUUGAAGUUCCAAAGGUUACAGUUCAUCUUCAUGGCGCCAUUAAGGACUGCUCUGAUUGCCCUAAAUCUAGUCCUAGAUUGAAAAGUCCUACUGCUACACCAAAAAAUUGGCCUGGUGAUGGACUCCAUGAACUUCAUCCAUUGCCACUUCCUCCAUUAAACUCCAAAUCUUCGCCUGCCUCGCGAAGAAAUUCAGCUGAAACAUCGCCUUCUGUGCCGAGUACUCCCGAGAAAGCAGAAAGUUCUAUAAAACGGAGUACUCGUUGGAAGAAAGGAAAGUUGAUUGGUACUUGCAGUUUCGGAGACAUGUACCUCGGUUUUAAUAGUGAAAAAGGCGCAAUGUGUGCCAUGAAGGAGGUUAACUUAUCGUUUGCAAAGACAAAGCAGCGUGCAGAGCCGAUAGAAAAAGAGAUUGCACUGUUGAGUAGCUUCAAUCAUCCUAAUCUUGUUCGAUAUUAUGGAUCCGAAACGUUGGGCGAUAAUUUGUAUAUUUAUUCUGAGUACAUGUCUGGCGGUUCCAUUCAUAAGAUUUUGGAGCUAUAUGGAAACUUAGGCGAAUCAGCCAUCCGUAGCUACACUCGGCAAAUUUUAGCCGGACUUGCUUAUUUACAUUCCAAAACUAUUGCACACCGGGAUAUUAAAGGGGCCAAUAUACUCGUCGACCCAAAUGGCAUAGUUAAGCUAACGAAUCUUGGCAUCGAAACACAUAUUCUACAGAUCACGAGACGACAGCCGCGCAUAUCGUUGCUUACGGAUAGUCCGUACUGGAUGGCACCCGAGGCGAUUAUGAAUUCCGACGUUUGUAACCUGCAUAUGGAUAUAUGGAGCCUCGGCUGCACCGUAAUCGAAAUGGCUACGUCGAGACCGCCUAUGAGCAAGUACGACGGGGGUCUGGCUAUGUUCAAAGUCGCGAAAAAUAAAGAACUCCCGACGAUCCCGAGUCACCUCUCGGACGACGCUAAGGACUUCUUACAGCGAUGCUUACAAUGGGAUCCGCUGAAUCGGGCGACGGCAUCUCAGCUUUUGGAGCACCCGUUCGUGAAAAGAUCGUUACCGUUAGUAAAACCCGCGCGCCAUCGCACUGCAGACAACGCGAAAACGACAAAGAUUUUCGGCUCGGCUGCGGAUAUUCGCCACCGCGAUUUGACGAGACAUGGCGGCGCUUUCGAAGCGUCGAAACCGUAUCAUCAGUCGCCGCCAAAGUCGUCUUCGUCCGCCGAACUUCACCGGACUCUCGGCCGGGAGAAUAUAUCGGCCCCUGUCUCUCCCGUUGGGAGCCCUCUUCCGCGACCGUCUUCGCCUCGACACCUGAAUUUUCCGUUAUUGCUGGAAAUCGUUUCCGGAAUGCAUGCACGCACAACGUCACCACCGUCGAAUUCUCCGGCCACUGGGAUUCGGCUCGGCUUUCUUCAUCGAAUCAAUGAAUCAAUCUUACCACCGGAAACUUUUCGUAAGAACCCAGCAGGCGGCGGCGGUAGCCCUUCGUAUUGGGAUCCGAAGAUUCUGCGCAGCCGAGACGCCAGAACGCCACUUCCGGUGCCGUCGGAGAAAUUCCGGCGUGGACGAAAUCCUCCCUUCGACUUUGAGCCAAUGCCUUCAGGUGGUGUUGAUAUUUUGCCCCGACCCGAAACCCAACCCUUUUAACCCGGAUUUGCGACCCGUAAACCCUUGACCCGCCCAUUUAGUUUUACUCUUCUCCUUGGCUGCGUUGGUGGUUGAUUCUGUCCGAAAAUCGAUCAAAGUGAGUUCAAUCACACGAAACAAAUUGAAUAAUCUGUUUUUGGGUUCCCUUCAGCUGUGUUAAAAAAUGAGAGGGAGUUUUGUUUGCUUAAUAUCUUCUUCGUUUGGUUGAUAUUUUGGG